AGCUGGGUGCAUCGCAGCUUCGACAGCCAUAAUACUAUAGCAAAGCCACCGCCGCUGCACCCAUCUGACCAGCUGAGCAUGGACGAGCAGUCUCCGGUGGGCCGAGGCAGAAGCGUCCAGCCGCUCCUCCCGAUGACACUGCCCGUCGCUCUUCGGCCUUAGAUCCAAUUCUUUGCAUUCAUGAGCUGCUCUGCGUGUUAAAAAGGCUAACAAGAAAAGGAAUCACCACCGCUGCAGCCAUGGACAAAACACUCGCAGUGGAACAAAACAAAGAGACUGAGGAGCGUUCGAGGCUAGGAUGUCGGCACUUCGUGGUGUUGAUGCUGUUCCUGGGGAUGGCCAACGCUUAUGUAAUGCGCACCAAUAUGUCUGUGGCGAUUGUGGCCAUGGUGGAACACCCAAAGUUGCCGAGCCACGGCGAUUUGCCGGCGGGCGAGCUGUCCGAGUGCGAGCAAAUUUGGCACGCAAACAAUUCUGCCCGAAAGAGUCUGAUCGCGGCGGUGACCGAGGAUUCGUCUUCCCCAGCACCUCUGCAAACGCCGCACCUUGAAGGACGCUUCCCAUGGGACAGCAAGGAGCAGGGCUUUGUCCUGAGCGCCUUCUUUUACGGCUACGUUCUCACGCAGAUCCCGUUCGGACUGAUGGCCAAACGCUGGGGAUCACUUCGCUUCCUCGGCUACGGGAUGCUUCUCAACUCGGUGGUCGGCCUUUUGGUGCCGUUGGCCGCCAAACUCGGCGGCCGCAACUGGCUCAUCAUCGCCAGAUUCGUCCAAGGACUCGGAGAAGGUCCGAUUGUGCCGUGCACGCACGCUUUGCUGGCCAAGUGGAUUCCUCCUGGUGAAAGGAGUCGGAUGGGUGCCGCCGUUUACGCAGGAGCCCAAUUUGGAACUGUGAUAUCUUUGCCAUUGAGCGGAAUAUUGUGCGCCUCACAAUUCGGAUGGCCGUCUGUUUUUUACGUCUUUGGCGCUGUCAGCACCGUGUGGUGCUUGUUCUUCUUGUGGUUUGUCAGGGAAGACCCUGAGCACGACGACAGAUUGUCCACUUAUGAGAGGAACCUGAUCAAGAGGACUCUGGGCGACGUGUCCAAAGAAAAAGACCCAUCUUUGAUUCCUUGGAAGUCAAUUGCGACCUCGCUACCCUUCUGGGCGAUCCUCCUGGCGCACAUGGGCCACAAUUACGGGUACGAAAUGCUGAUGACCGAACUGCCAUCAUUCAUGCGACAGGUUUUGCAUGUUGACAUUACCCAGAAUGGCAUUUUGUCUUCACUUCCUUAUGUUGCCAUGUGGAUCUUUUCAAUAGUGGCGAGUUGCGUGGCCGAUUGGCUUAUAAUUUCAGGCCGCCUUACGCUCACCAGCACUAGAAAGGUCUUCAAUUGCAUUGGUCAGUUCGGACCAGCCGUGGCAAUGCUGGGCGCCGCCUACGCCGGCUGCAACCCGGCGGUGACUGUCGCCCUUUUGACCUUGGGCGUUGGACUCAACGGAGGAAUCUACUCGGGCUUUAAGGUGAACCACCUGGACCUUUCGCCCUCCCUGGCUGGCGUGCUGAUGAGCAUUACCAAUUGCUCGGCCAACAUGGCUGGAUUGUUAGCGCCUCUUGUUGCUGGAUAUGUGACACACAACAGGCCAACUCAAGCUGCGUGGCGGACCGUUUUCUUCACGACGUGCAGCGUUUACUUGGUGUGCGGACUUUUCUACGUACUGACGUCCAGCGGCAAACGCCAGAAGUGGGACACUUCCGAGGACAAAGGCGAGGAUAAGGAUCAGGACGUCGACGCGUCUCCGAACAAAACCGAUGCCCCUGCCGCCGUUUGACACAUUUCUCUGUUUAAAUUAUAAACCAACCAAAGUCUUAAAAAUUAUAAUUCAGCUUUUAUACAUUGUGUUUUGAGUAAAGAUUUUUUAUAUUACAUGUUGUUUUGAAAACAAAAGCGGAGCUUUCUUCGAUCGAACUUGAGCUUGAAAAGGAAUAAAGUCAUUGCUUAUCGUUAGUUAAAAUGCACCGAGUGUCACUUUUGUUUUGAUUGUGAAUCAAGCAAUUCAAUUGGUUGAAAAUCAUUUGACUUUCUAACGACAUCUUCUUCUUAACAACUAUAUAGAGAUUAAAGCGGGUUUACAAAUUACAUGCACUUUUUUUUAAACAACUAUGAAAGUGAGAAGCAGUUUGAGAUUUAAAUAAAUUACGAAGAAUUAACGAUUUGCUCUCAUUUGCAUUUCGUUUAUGAUUUUUGAAGAGUUUUCAUACACGCAUAUAUAAUACAUUCCUGAACGGAACUUGUCAGUGUUUACUCUCGCCGAUAAACAUGUAGAUAAUUAAAGUAAUUUAUGCUUUUGUAUCUGGGCUUUCUAUGAAGGAAAAACUCAUUACUCGAAUGGCGACACUUUGAUGUAUGUUUAUUAAUCUGUAUUUCUGCUUGGACGCCUGCAUGAUAUGUUACUCGCCGCCGUGCCAAACACAUCGAGCAUUUUUCAAUGUUAUUACGUAAUAUUUUUUACCAACACCCUACAGAUUCGAAUCAGUCUUUUGCGCACCAAAAUAUUGUAUACCUGUCUUAUUGUUAAAAGAAAGUUUUUGAUGAUUUUUUUUUAAGCAAAUAAAGCAAGUUUUGAAACUAAAGCAGUUUGAUUUUACU